AGGGAGAUGUCAACGUCCUUAAGUUAUAAACGAUCAGGCCCCAAUGAACACGAGAUAUUUGAGAAGGGCAGUGGUCAGGUGAAGUCUCGAACUUAACGUUACCACUGAUUCUCCUUGUCAUCGUUCGGCGGCAGCGCAGGCGACUGCAAGCCUUCUCCUUUUAGACUAAUAGAACUUUGUAUCUUUUGCCUUGGCUUUGGUAAGCAUCGAAUUUAGUAUUUGUGUGACAAAAGACAGGAUUAUGGCAGGUGUGUGGACAGCUCUCCUUUUGUUGACGAUUCUUCGGGGCACAGGUGCGCAAGUGGAUGGGUACGAAGGCUGUUAUGUUGAUCAGGCAGACCGAAACUUCCCGGACGAGGAAAAGUGGGACGGACAGCUGACCAACGAUCGGUGUGUGAGCCACUGUAGGGACCGAGGAUACCCUUAUGCAGCGACCGAGUUCACAUUCCAGUGUUUCUGCGGGACUGAAGCCCAGUUUAACAACCUGACUGCCCAGUUUAACAACCUGACUGCUGCCAGGCCUGACGAUGAGUGUAGCACAGACUGUACCGGGAACAGCGGGGAGAAGUGUGGAGGGGCGUGGAGGAUGUCCGUGUACGCAGUACUAGCCCUGGAAAACGAGAUCCGCUUGGUUGGCGGUAGCGAAUGGGGACGCUUGGAAGUCCGUACGUACAACACCAAAGACUGGGGAACCGUCUGUAGUGACGGCUUCGACAUGGAAGACGCCAAAGUUGCCUGCACUAUGUUGGGCUUGGGAGACGCCUCGUUCAUUCGUGACACCACCUAUUACGGAGAAGGCACAGGAGAUAUCAAGAUGGCCAACCUGGGCUGUGGUGGGCACGAGAGCAGCCUGUUCGACUGCAGCUACGAUGGUCCGGGGAGCGGCAGCUGUACUCAUGGUGACGACGUCGGGCUGGUCUGCGAUGGGGUCUGGAAUGCUGGAGAUGUUGGAAUCAUCGUUGGGGUUGUCAUUGGCGUGCUGGUCGUCAUCAACAUCGUGGUGACCAUCGCCCUCAUCUUCUGUCAGAAGAACAAGACUCGCGGCAGAGUGCUAGACACGGCUCCUCCGGCAGGCGGAGCUCCUGUAGUGGUUCACACCUCCAGCAACGUGAUGUACGCCCCUGGCAACGCCACGUACAUGCAGCAGGGUGUGGCGUUCCCCAUGCAGCCUGUACAGACUGUGCCUUACGCACAACCCAACCAGCCCCCUGCACAGUUCCCGGCACCUCCGGCCUACGACCAGGCGGCCAGGCCAGCCGUUGGCCAGCCCUUACCUCAAUAGGUUAUGCCGAAGUUCACAUAACGCCAAGGCCUAACUGGUGCCCAGUGGGAAGAUGCGAGAGGGGGUAGGGGUUGGGGGUUGGGUGUGUACUAGCCAUGACUUGGAAAAACAAUGAAGCGAGAACUUGCCGAAAUGGGAUGCACUUGGGAGGGGGUGCA